AAAAACUUUUUUUUAAAAUCAAAUUGACUGCAAUCUCAUCGAAUCCUUUGAGUCCAUCAUAUUCCGGAACGGGAACAAUGAUCAACUUUGGUUGGCCCUUCAAACAUCAUCAAUGUAAUUCAUUUCCACCACUCUUUGAAUGGUUAAAUUCGGACGUACGUCGACAUCUUCAUCACCCGUACGACAUACCCAGUAUACGUGUGACCAAUGACGUUACGCCACGUAGUUCGCUCUCGUGGCCAACUUCCUCGGUUCAUUUCGUAACAAAUUAUUACGGGUCCAAACCAAAAAACAACAGCAACAGGACACAACAUAAAAAGGGCACACUCGAGAAACCAAGCAGAGCCACACACCACCGUCGGAUCAAUAUUCACCGGUCAACAAUGUCAACGGCUCUCAGCGCGUUGACCUACUACCUCUCCGAGCACCCAUAUAUCGUUGGCUUCCGGUGGAGCCACGCCCAAUCAUUCGGCGCCACGUGGUCGUUCCUCUUCUCCUCCAUCUCCGUCUACGUCGCUCUCUCCUCCACCCUUCACCUCCUCCUCCGCUUCCGCCGUCGCCAUGUCCCCCUUGGCCACAUCCCUGACCUCCACAGCCUCCUCAUGUCCCUCAUUUCCGCCGCCAUCUUCGCCGGGACCCUAAUAUCCUCCGCCGCGGAGAUCCGAGACACUCGGUGGCUCUGGCGCCGUAGCAAAACCUCCACGCCUCUCCAGUGGCUCCUCUGCUUCCCACUCGGGACUCGCCCUUCAGGUCGCGUCUUCUUCUGGUCCUACGCUUUUUACCUCACCCGCUUCCUCCACAUGCUCCGUACGAUAUUCACCGUCCUCCGUCGCCGGAAAUUGGGUUUCUUCCGGUUGUUCUGCAACUCCGCCGCCACGUUCAUGGCGUUCCUAUGGCUCGAGUUCUCUCAGUCGUACCAGAUCCUGGCGAUCCUGUCGGCAACGCUGGUAUACGCGGUGGUGUACGGGUACCGGUUCUGGAACGGGUUCGGGUUACCAGGUUCCGGUUUUCUCCCGACAUUCGUGGUGAACUGUCAGAUGGUGUUAGUGAGCUGCAAUCUGGUGUCACACGCGGGUGUUCUAACGGUGCACCUCCUCAAAGGAGGAUGUAACGGGAUCGGCGCGUGGGUUUUAAACUCCGUAUUGAACGGUGCGAUCUUGUUCCUGUUUCUAAACUUUUACGUGAAGAUGCACUCUCAGCCGCAACGGAACGUCGAGACAUGCGAGAGGGAGAAACACGUGUGGCGAGAUAACUAAGCUGCAUGAAUGUUACAGAAUCUUUUCUAAGUACGGUUCGUGAAGUUUGUGUAGGGUGGUCGAUGAAAAUGUUCAUAGUCCUUUUUUUGAGUUAGAUAUUAAAUGUGUAGCAGUUUAGAUUUUUUCUUUUUUUUUUUAUGGUUACAGUUGUAAUUAAUAUCAUGAAUCGGUAAAGAGAUUCACAAGGCCUGCCACUAUUGUUAACAAUAA